AUGGCCAACAGCAACCCCGUACUCGAGAUGGUGAUCGACGGCACGCUCAUGAGGCUCAUUCUCACGACAGACGUAGAUGGUAUUGUGGUUUGUGAAGAUGCCAGCACGUCACGCCGCGACUGGCUUAUGACCGACUCCGAGUUUGACACCGCUCGAAAGCGACUGCGGUACGAGCUGCACUGGGUCUCACCCCACGUACGGGAACAUGAUGUAGAAGUUCCUGCACUGAGCUUCAGCGGACGCGUCGCUGUUGGCUUCUUCAAGCUGGACAACCAGCAGAUGCGGAUGGUUGCAGUGGCCUACUAUCUGGGAAGCUUGGGCGCGAACGGCUUCAUUGGAGCUGGGUUCGUCUUCCACCCAGGCCAGCCGUCACUUUGGGAAUCGAUCCAGCAAGCAGAAGCGGACCACCUCGGCUACAUGCACCAUGGGUAUAGCCACUUGAAGCAGCAGCGGGCGGUGCAUAUCGGCACAAAUGACAUCAAGCUGGAUGAGAGCAGCGUCAUUGCAGAAGAUCUCGACCGAGACAAGUACGUCUGGAGCGAGCCAUUCGUCUCACUUGGCGACGACAGUGACGGUGGCUCAAACGCACAAGGAAUCUCGUUCCCGAUCCACGAAGCGCGCUUUGAGUGCAGCCUGCAAUCGGAUAGUGACGAGACGAAGACGCAGUCUGUUCAGCUGUUCGGGGAGUUUUCGAGUACUUGGGACGUUGUUGUGGACUUUAAUGUGCCGUGCCUCGAGCUUCCCAAGGAAUUCUACGACGCCUUGGCAGGGUGGGUUGGCCUCAAACUGGACUCCAGACUUGGUCUGUCAGAGAUCGCAGCUCCAGCAUCGGCCCUACCAGAUCUACUCUUCUCCCUUUCGUUCAACGGUCCUCCGCUCACUCUACCACUGCAGUCGCUUGUUCUACCAGAGCUGUCGUCGUCGUCAAGCGAUGAGAAUUCUACCAAAGUGUGCAUUCAGCGGUCUGGGUCCAUGGUGCAGAGGGGAACAGCCGCCUAUGCUGCAGUGACCACCUCGGCGGCGGAAGUCGCGCGACUGCACGGAGCGACUGGGAUCUCCGUGUACAACAUGAUCGAUUCGCCUAUCACUUUCGGUGUCAUGGCACUGGACGCCGUGGGGUCCGUCGUAUUCGACGACUCCACAAAGCGAACGGGCGUUUUGAAGCGCACAGUAAAUUCCGCGUCGGACGAUGGCAGUGGGCGAAGCGCUGCGACUUGCUUACAGCCACCAUCGUGUCGAGGCCAGCAAGAAUACAGCGCACACUGGAACGCUUGUCACGACCCGGACUGCUCCCAGUAUUACUUCCACAGCCUGGAUGAAGACACAAAAGACUGCGUGAUUAAUCGGUCGGAGGGCUGCACUACCGCAGCGAUGGACUACGCGACCAGUGAAGGACGCCUUGAUGCAGCCAAGUGGCUGCACGCGAACCGGUCGGAGGGCUGCAGCUCGAAUGCUAUAGUGAAGGCGGCGUCAAAUGGGCACUUAGGGAUGGUCAAGUGGCUGCACAAAGAGCUGGGUCAGCCAUGCACUCCUAGCCGCCUGCCAUCCGUCCCUGCGUCGUGCUUAAAAAACUGA